UUAAGGAUUCAAAACCUGCAGCAAUUACAAACAUAUAGCAGCUUUUAGCAAAUUCGACACCUGUUUUAAAACGACAAAAUAAGAAAAAAUGACUCGUUACUCGGCAAUGCGCAAACGUACAGAGGCAUUGAGAUACUCCCUAACGUGCAGGUUCUGCGGCAAUAAGCACCCAAUCAGGCUUUGUCCUGUAUUUCGGGCUAAGGCACCUGAAGACCGGUUACGCGAUGUCUUAUUGCAUCGGUAUUGCUCCAACUGCCGAGCCGGGACCCAUCGAGCCGCCCACUGUACAAAUGAGGGUAGAUGUCGACGCUGCCAGGAGUCUCACCACACACUACUACAUAUCGACGACGCAGCCGAAAAGCGCACGAGUCGUCGCCCCACUCGGAGCGCUGCCAACGAUGAUGACGACAGCGAUAACAACAAAGACAGCGAUGUAAUAUCGAUCGAAGCCUCAGAAGUCGAGGAGGAGGAGGUAGUGCAAACUGGAGCGGAGACCGAUGCUUUCCGCCAGAUACUUCGGCCGGAAUGGAAACGUAUGCUUUCCAUCCGGAUAACGCAAGCGGAUCGGAACCUCGGCGUUUCCGACCGCUACUACAACACGAGCUCCAACGACCGGGUUGGGAAGUUGCAGAAUACCGACCUCCUCCCACUUGGCAGGGAACACAAUCCCGACGUCGGCGAAACCGUCCGCGACAACAUGGGAGAGUGGAGUCGAACGCAUUCCACCGCCCAAUGAGAAGCGGUUUCCGAACCGGGCUAGCAACGAACCCGCAAACAGCAACAUACGCGCUUCAUUGCUUGACGCUAGUCGCACCAACCGCCGUAGUCAAGAUCGAGGCAGGAGGGCGCCUCCACCUGAUCCGCGCACUUAUCGACCCGUGUGCUAUGACAUCCUUGAUUGCGAUGGACCUUGCACAGGAACUGCGCCUAGGAGUAACGGAGGUCAACCACCAGCGGGGCUACUUCCUCAAAUUGCGGGGAAAACACGGCCAGUCAGCAGCAGUAACGACGCAUGCGGUAGCCAUUCGAAGUUUUGAGAAACGAACACCGGUGUCUAAUAUCGACGCUACCAUCGCCGGAUCCUACUCCAACUUAAAGCUCGCCGAUCCGGGAUUCCAUAUUUCCGCGCCGGUUCGCCUAGUUCUGGGCGCCGAUGUAUACGCGAAGAUCAUCUUAGGCAUUCUUCCAGCAGGGACGAUGGGCCCGCUUCUAGCACAAAACACCAUCUUCGGGUGGGUGCUUUCUGGCGCCUGUUAAACACAAUUUUUUCUUUUAAUAAUUUUUGAAAUUACAUUU